CGUUACAGCUGCAGCGCACUUCCGGUCCUCAAGGCAACAAGGAAGUUUAACACCAAUAAAUGAGAAACGGCAUCUUCUCCGUUUCCUCACCGCAAACCCGUUAGAUAAUAUCAUUUUUUCCCCCCACAGGAAGGUCUUUGUUCGCCUGUCGGUAUGGCGAUGUCGACAUUUCAGAAGGUGACCCUCGCGACGUGUCUCGUGCUAUGCGUCGCUCUGCUGCUGCCCAAAAUGCUGUUAUCCCGCGGGAAGAAGGAUGCUGCUGAGCGGCCGGAGGGCUCAGGUCGCUUCCCUCCAUUGAUGCGCAGUCAGGCGGCCCCGGAGGGUCGAGGCCAGAAGGCUGCAGGCUCUGCUUUCUCCAGAGCCCACAACUCUGAGGCCAUAGCCAGGGCCAAGGGAGCAGGAACGGGGGCAGGAGCCGGGGGCAAAUCCAACCUGGCAGGACAGAUCAUCCCCGUGUACGGCUUCGGGAUCUUACUCUACAUCCUCUACAUACUGUUUAAGAUCACAUCUAAGGGCAACAACAAGCCAGUCGAGAGCAGGUUUCCUUCGGUUCGGUCAGAGAACAAGAAGAGAAAGAUCACUGACUUUGAGUUGGCUCAGCUGCAGGACAAACUGAGGGAAACAGAGUUGGUGAUGGAGAAUAUUGUUUCCAACGCCCACCACAGUCCUGGCAGGGUGAAGGGGGUGACGGCAGAUCAGGAGGAGAGUCUCCUGCAGCAGCUGACGGAGAUCACCCGGGUGAUGCAGGAGGGCCAGCUGGUGGACAACAUGGCACCAGAGAAGAAGACCCAGGAGGACUGGGAAGUUUCUGCAGAUGAUCCUGAGGAGCCUCAGCAGCAGUGGGAACAUUCCCGCUGCUGCUGUCAGCACAGUCAGCAAGACCCAAGUCCCCAGACGGAGACGGAGGCUGAGAGGACACACGCUGAUGGAGCCGACCCGGAAAACCUUUCUGAGGAUGUUACAGGUGGAGGAGAGGCUGCACAGGGAGUAGAGGGUCUGAACAAAGAGAGAGGAUCUGAUUUUACAGCAGCAAGUGAAGAGGAUGUGGGGCCAGAGAGCGUAAAGGAGAGGGUGGACGACGUGCGUGAACACAAGGAGGGAGGGUUUCAAAUGGAUCUGGGCGUCCCGGAGGACGACCUGGCUGGAGUCCUGAAGGACCUGCAGCUCACACUGGAGGUGACGUCCAUGAUGGAGCAGGAGAAGGUGGAGGACCUGAGCAGGACGACGGAGACUUCCUGCAGCGCCGUCAGACGGAGGAACAAGAGGAGGAGAGCGAAGAAAGCCUCACACUGACUUGACGUGACGCCAUGUGAACUUAAGCCGUGAACAGCUUCUUCUUUUAAAUCUGUUUUCAGCAGGCGGGUUGUUUUCGCCAGCCUUGUUUAUCUUUACUUGAAGUAAAUACGUGAGAAAAUGUGUGUACAGGGCAGUUUUAUAUCAGCUUCAUCCACUGGCUAGAAAAGGAACGAGUAUAGUUUAUGGUCUUAAAACAGUAUUGGCACUUAAAUAUUUCUAAAGAAAAAAACAGGGGCCUCAUUUAUAAAACGCUCAAAAUCUAAUACAAUAACACCAGUAUUACCAUUAUUAUACAUUGAUGAAGUAUUUAAUUUAAACUAACAUUAGGAUGUUUCCAGGUUAAGAUUUGAUGUAAAACGGUGGACACCCUGGUAAACAAACAGUAUUUAAUUCUGUUACGGGAGUGUUAUUUAUCAUAUUUCAUCUGUUCUUUUAUCCAGCCUCUUUUACUGUAAAAUGAUUUCACGUUAUUUACAAGUGCUUGAAUUAGAGGUGGUUUUUCAAAAUGUAUUACCAGCACACACAACUGAAUCAGGCCACUUCAAAACACACUUGUUCUGUAAAUGACUACAUUUCGAAAACAUCAGAAAGAAGUCACUUGCAAACAAAGGAAACACUAAUGACAUUACUUACAUCACUUUAAUAUACUGAGGCGAUUGUGCCUUUUCUCACCUGUCAGAAUAAGUGUUCGACUUCCUGCAAUCUUUAUAUCAAAGAUGCACAUUUUUAGACCCUGAAUUCCCUAAGUGUGAGGAGGAACAAUACAUGCACUGUACUAACUUAAAGCAAAGGGGACAUAAAUAGUUCCCGCUUUGUCAUCCCAUCAGUUUGGAGAGAAAUCUUGCCUCCUGUACCGAUAACAUUUUAAGAUUUUAACAAACCUGUUGUCUUAUGUUUUAAAUUAUUUUAAGCUUUUUACUUUUAUAAAAUGAAUUUCACUGUUUAGAACGGCACCUGGGUAUGGCACAUAAUAGUGAUAGAAUAACUUCAAUAAAAUGUUCAAGGUUA